CAGGCGGGUGCGCUCCGGCUCGCUCUCUCGGCCCCGCCUGGGCCGGGGCAGGUCCUCCCGGCCCGGCCCGAACAUGCUGGACGGCCUGAAGAUGGAGGAGAACUUCCAAAGCGCCAUCGAGACUUCGGCGUCCUUUUCCUCGCUGCUGGGCAGAGCGGUGAGCCCCAAGUCUGUCUGCGAGGGCUGUCAACGGGUCAUCUCGGACAGGUUUCUGCUGAGGCUCAACGACAGCUUCUGGCAUGAACAGUGCGUGCAGUGCGCCUCCUGCAAAGAGCCCCUGGAGACCACCUGCUUCUACCGGGACAAGAAGCUCUACUGCAAGUAUGACUACGAGAAGCUGUUUGCGGUCAAAUGUGGGGGCUGCUUCGAGGCCAUUGCACCCAAUGAGUUCGUCAUGCGGGCCCAGAAGAGUGUAUAUCACCUGAGCUGCUUCUGCUGCUGUGUCUGUGAGCGGCAGCUCCAGAAGGGCGAUGAGUUUGUCCUGAAGGAGGGACAGUUGCUCUGCAAAGGGGACUAUGAGAAGGAGCGGGAGCUACUCAGCCUGGUGAGCCCAGCAGCGUCAGACUCAGGCAAAAGUGAUGAUGAAGAAAGUCUUUGCAAGUCAGCCAAUGGGGCAGGGAAAGGAGCUGCUGAAGAUGGCAAAGACCAUAAGCGCCCCAAACGUCCCAGAACCAUCUUGACAACCCAACAGAGGAGAGCAUUCAAGGCCUCAUUUGAAGUAUCCUCCAAGCCGUGCAGGAAGGUGAGGGAGACCCUGGCUGCAGAGACAGGGCUGAGUGUCCGCGUCGUCCAGGUGUGGUUCCAGAACCAGAGAGCUAAGAUGAAGAAGCUAGCCCGGAGGCAGCAGCAACAACAGGACCAGCAGAACACCCAGAGGCUGAGCUCCGCUCAGACAAAUGGCGGUGGGAACGCUGCCAUGGAAGGGAUCAUGAACCCCUACACGGCUCUGCCCACCCCACAGCAGCUCCUGGCCAUCGAGCAGAGCGUCUACAGCUCAGACCCCUUCCGACAGGGCCUCACCCCACCCCAGAUGCCGGGAGACCACAUGCACCCAUAUGGUGCUGAGCCCCUCUUCCACGACCUGGAUAGUGACGACACCUCCCUCAGUAACCUGGGUGACUGUUUCCUAGCAACCUCAGAAGCCGGGCCCCUGCAGUCCCGGGUGGGAAACCCCAUCGACCACCUGUACUCCAUGCAGAAUUCUUACUUUACCUCUUGAGUCUUCCCCUCGAGUUCUGUGGCUGGGCUCCCACCCGGAACAACCGUAUGACGUGAGGGGUCGGCCGACAUUAGGAUGGGGAGGCCAGGGGAGAGGUGGGUUGGGGAGGGAGUUU